CGCUGGCUGCUGCUUUUCUGCUCCUGGAAGCGGCCAAGAGGGGAAGCGGCGAGUCAACAUGGAGCUUUCGGCGGUGGGGGAGCGGGUGUUCGCGGCCGAGGCCCUCCUGAAGCGGCGCAUCCGGAAAGGACGCAUGGAGUACCUCGUGAAAUGGAAGGGCUGGUCGCAGAAGUACAGCACUUGGGAGCCCGAGGAGAACAUCCUGGACGCCCGCCUGCUGGCCGCCUUUGAGGAAAGGGAACGAGAGAUGGAACUCUAUGGCCCCAAAAAGCGAGGCCCAAAGCCCAAGACUUUCCUCCUGAAGGCCCAGGCUAAGGCCAAAGCCAAAACCUACGAGUUCCGUAGUGACUCUGCACGUGGCAUCAGGAUUCCCUACCCCGGCCGCUCGCCCCAAGACUUGGCGUCCACCUCCCGAGCCAGAGAGGGCCUUCGGAACAUGGGUCUACCUCCGCCACCCGGAGGAGGGAGCAGCAGUAGCAGCAGCAGCACCACCACAUGCCGCGCGGAGCCACCCCGGGACCAGGCGCGGGAUCAUCGCGAGAGGGAACGCGAACGCGAGCGGGAGCGGAGCGCCAGCCAUGCGGACGACAAACCCAGCUCCCCUGGGGACAGCUCCAAGAAACGCGGCCCCAAGCCCCGGAAGGAGCUCCUGGACCCUUCGCAGAGGCCUCUGGGAGAACCCAGUGAAGGCCUCGGAGAGUACCUCAAGGGCCGGAAACUGGAGGACGCCCCUUCCGGGGCAGGGAAGUUUCCAGCAGGCCACAGUGUGAUCCAGCUGGCUAGAAGGCAGGAUUCGGACCUGGUCCAGUGUGGCGUGGCCAGCCCCAGCGCCUCGGAGGCCACGGGCAAGUUGGCUGUGGACACCUACCCAGCCAGGGUCAUAAAGCACAGAGCGACCUUCUUGGAGGCCAAAGGCCAGGGCGCCCUGGACCCUGGUGGGCCCCGGGUCCGGCACGGCUCAGGCACUCCGGGCUCUGUAGGGGCCCUGUACCGGGACAUGGGGGCCCAGGGAGGAAGGCCCUCGCUCAUCGCCAGGAUUCCAGUGGCCAGAAUCCUGGGGGACCCCGAAGAAGAGUCCUGGAGCCCCUCGCUGACCAACCUGGAGAAGGUGGUCGUCACAGAUGUGACGUCAAACUUUCUGACCGUCACCAUUAAGGAAAGUAACACGGACCAAGGCUUUUUUAAGGAGAAGAGAUGAGGGGCUGGGGUUGAGCGCUCCCGCCCCACCCCCCAGCAGCUAGUGAGAGGGCGAGGCCGCAGACUCAGUGCUUUUUACUUCUGGGGGGAGGGGAUCGCCCUGCUGGCUGGCCCCACCCCUAACAUCACACACACCCCGCCCUUUCCACCUCUCCCCCUGCCCCAGUUUCGGUUGGAAAGAUGAUCUCUAGAGUUAUAUUUUCUAUUAGCUGUAAAUAUGUUAUUUAAGAAAAAGAAAAAUCUAAAUAUAUAUAUUUCAACUCUUGAAGUUGUUUUAUUUAAAGAAGGAAAAAGAGAGGCAGGCGAGGUUGAUUUGUGGGCAGAUAGGCAGGCCGAGAUGGGGUAGCAGGGAUCUCUGGCACCCAGGGAACUAGCAGCAAGACUUGGGGCCAGGUACCCACCCCCCAUCCCCUCCACUGGUCUUGGAAGGUGUCUGCAGGGUCUCAGCCUGCCACCCCCCUCUUCCCUCUCCCAGACCCCCUUGAAAUGAGGCAGCCCCUUAAUUUCAUCACCCCCACCCCCACCAUUGUCAGAGAGGCAGGGCAACAGAGAGUUGACUCUUACCCCCUAGUCAUAAAAGGGGAAGGUUACUUUCCUUUAGGAGACUCAAACAUCUAUUAGGGGAAAAUGUUUUCACUUUGACACCCCCCCUUUUUUGGGGGGUGUGUGAUGUUGAAGGUGAAAAGUCACAGGUGGGUGGGAUCUGGCUGCUGUUCCCCAAGACCACCCGGCGCAAAGCACUUUAUGGGAGAGGGGCCUGAGCUGUGUGCCCUCCACUCCUCACGCCACAGAAAGACGAACCCAGGAAUUCUGUUUACAUUCCCGAAAUGCCAGGAUAAAUUAGGAGGAUCCCAAGUCCACUCCAACUGCCCGCCCCGGCCGCCGGGAGUUCAGACAUUUGUUUUAUAAGAAAGAUGUUUGGGGUGGACUUCUUCCGCUUGUGGAGUAGCCUUCUAGCUCACUGGGAGAAGGGACAGCGCCCCCCACUUCGCUGGAGGAGUUGGAUACGGAGGCGCGCUCCUUUUGGGGCAGGAGGACAGCCCAGCUCUCUGAUGGACUGACACCCGCAGGGGCCCAGGCCAGCCCACCAACUGGAUCCUGGAGGAUGGGGCAGCAGCAGGCCGGCUCUGGUCUCUGGUCGGCCGGGGAGGGUUCGGGCAUCUCAGGCCUUGGGGACACAGGAGCAGGGCGGUAUGUUUCUCAACGGAAUGCUCAUCUGAACUCUGGCGGUCUCCUUUUUGGCUCCCUUUCUUAAAAGCAAAAGCUAUAAUUUAUAGCCCCCCCCCCCCCCCUUCUGUUGGAGCUGCGUUCUCCGCUGCUGACGCCACCAAGGGGAGGGGGCUGUGGGAGCCUGGAGAAGGGUGGCCUGUGCCCCUUUUCUGACUCAAAAGCACAAAUCAGCCCUCUGGCCCCUGGGGAGGGUUCCUGGGGCUCCUGCCCUUAAAGGGCCAGCAAGCCUCCUCUUCCCCGAGGAAGGCCAGGCUCUGACUGCAGAGCAGGGCACCCAGCACAGACUGAGUGAAUGAGCCUGGGGGAGCCGCGCUGCAGGCGCUGGGGAGGCACUCACAGGCCAGACAGGGGAGCCCCAGCCUCCACCUCCUGGCUCCACCUUUCACUUCAUGCCUACCUUCUAAGGGAAGGCACAGGGUGCAUAGGAAAGGUGUUAAGAAAUGAUUUUGGUUGGUUUUUGAAUAUCAAAUUGCGCCUAUAAAGAAAAGCCCCGAGAUGGAUUUUACCUGCUCAUGUUUGUAAAGCUGGUAUUUUAGACUUUGUAUAAAGCAGUGCCGUUUGACCAAGUGGAUUUACUUACCCGUCGACGCUAUUUUCAAAAGAAACGUAAUUGAAGGGAUGUGUGUCUGUUGCCCAGAGGAGGGGAGCUCCUUGACCUGGCGGCUGCCUUCUCCCAGGCCCCCCUUUCUAGUCCCUCUUCACCCCUUGCCCCUUCCCUCAGACCUCGCUCUAGCCAGCCUGGCUCUCCUCACCGCCCCCCCGCAUCUGUCCUGCAGUCAGCCUGUCCGUGGACUUGCGUGUGUCUCCCUUCCUCCUGCCACGCAGACAUAGGGGUGGAUGGGCGGGCAAGGGCCAGGCCUGGACCGACCGGCCAGGAGCCCGAAGCCUGCGCGGGGUGUGCGCUUGUGGGGCUUGAGUUCUAAGAUGUGUACAAAGCGAGGCUCAGCCUCGCUGCCGCUGGGGCGCGCGAGUGACGCUUCUGUUCUUGUCUCCUGCGACCGUGAACGUCUGUAUUAAUACCUGCUUUUUACGUGUUUAAAUAUAUACUUUGUAAAUAGA